AUGUCCCCUCCCCAGGUCUCCGUCCAUCAACUCGCUCCUCGACACCCAUCGUCCCAGUCCCACAACAGUGUCAUCCCAGCGUCUUCACUUCACACGCCCCCCGCCCUGCCGCUCCACACUCACAUUCGGACCAGCUCACCAAAAGGUCAGUUCAAUCAGAACCAGCCUCAACUCCUCCCUCGUAUGCUCAUGUACACAGCUCUCAACCUCGUCAUUCCCACUCCGCGUCCUCGCUCACCACUAUAUCACACGCGUCAGUCGAUAAACGUCCAGCCCCGCACCACACACACCGUCACGAUCCAUCGGCAGGCUGUCACUUCCUGUGCCAGCCUGCUCACCACGCGCUACCCCGCUCCAUCACCAGUUACAGGCCUACACAAACGGAUCGUCUACAUCACUCGUUCAUCACCAAUGCUCCCCGCGAGCACCUAA